GGGCGGAGCUUACACACAACUCUGCCUGCGGACUGUUGUUGUUCAGCUCGACAUUAGCUGCUAACAGCUUACGCUAGAGAGAAUGAAGCGCUGCUCCCUUUUUACGCGAUUAUGUUAGUUAUCUCGGGUUAGCUCUGUUUAACCCGGGUUAGCUCUGUUUAACCCGGGUUACCUGUCAGAAGUAGCAGCAAGUCAUAGCUAGCCGCUUGCAUCAUUAGCAUGUUGAAGCUAGUUAGCCUGUGCUGUAAAUAUUAGCUGCUCGUUAGACAUUAGCGUCCUUUAGCUUAUUGUGUUCUGUAUUUAACAUAAAUAUUGGUUUGUUUUGUUGUUUUCUCACUGUUAUCAUGGAUACUUGUCUGUUUAACGGUCCAGCUGGUCCACUUCUCGGGGCUAACAGCUAGCUCGCAAACAUUAGCUGCUAUCUUCCUUCGGUCUUUGUUAGCUUACAGUUUAGCUUAGCAUCGGUAGCAGGGUGGACGAUGAUCAAACAGACCGUUUAUUGUCGGUGUAGCUGAUGCUAAGCUAACAGAUCUGUGACCUGUCAGUGUUAUUAGGCAGAUUUCACGGGUUUCUCUGGUUGGUGGCUGAUAUGCAGCUGUUAGCUGAUCCAGCUGUGCAGUGACCUUCAUCAUCAUCAUCAUCAUCAACGUGUGGGUCAUUAUGGCCCUCAAAUCAGGCUGCAGGCACAGCUGCUCUGCACGUGUUGUUUACCUGCUCGUCCUGUCAGGAUGCAUUGCUGCGUCUCAGAGGAAUGACAACGUCUACGUGUCAGGGAUUUCUAAUGCCUGCGGUGAGGGGGCGGAGCUUCUGCGAGCAUCCAGCGGCGUCAUCACCAGUCCUGGCUGGCCCUUUCAGUACCCGUCCAGACUGAACUGCAGCUGGAACAUCAGAGCCCGACCUGGAGACACCAUCACCAUCAGCUUCCAGGACUUUGACCUGCAGGGUUCCCAUCGAUGCUCAUCAGACUGGAUGUCCAUCAGCAGCUACAGGAGUCUGGAUGGGCUCAGGGUCUGUGGCUCCUCCCUGCCUCCACCAUACAUCUCCACCCAGGACCACGUGUGGAUCCACUUCCACUCUGACGACAGCGUGACGGGGAAAGGCUUCAGGCUGUCCUAUGUCAGCGGUAAACCAGAGGCGUCAGGCUGUGAGGUGGAUCAGUUCCACUGCUCUAAUGGGAAGUGUGUUCCUGACUGGUGGCGCUGUAAUGCUAUGGAUGAAUGUGGAGAUAACUCAGACGAGGAGCUGUGUGUCGACUCCCCUUUCUCCUUCCAGCCUUGCAGCCUCAACCAGUUCCCAUGCCUGUCACGCUACACCCGAAUCUACACCUGCCUACCGCACAGCCUGCGCUGUGAUGGCAGCAUCGACUGUCAGGACCUCGGGGAUGAGAUUGACUGUGACGUUCCCACUUGUGGAGAAUUGUUGAGGAACUUCUAUGGGUCCUUCAGCUCUCCAAACUACCCAGAUUUUUACCCUCCGGGGAGCAACUGCACCUGGCUGAUCGACACCGGAGACCACAGGAAGGUCAUCCUGAGGUUUACUGACUUUAAACUUGAUGGGACAGGUUACGGAGAUUACGUAAAGGUGUACGACGGCCUUGAGGAGAACCCUCGCCGUCUCCUCAGGGUGCUGACAGCCUUCGACUCCAGGGCACCGGUCGCUGUGGUUUCAUCGUCUGGUCAGCUCCGAGUUCAUUUCUAUGCAGACAAGAUCAACGCUGCCAGAGGCUUCAACGUCACCUACCAGGUUGACGGGUUCUGCCUGCCCUGGGAGGUACCCUGUGGGGCUAACUGGGGCUGUUACACGGAGCAGCAGCGCUGUGACGGGUACUGGCACUGUCCAAACGGACGGGAUGAGCUGAACUGUUCUUCAUGUCAGGAGGAUGAGUUCCCCUGUUCCAGAAACGGGGCCUGUUACCCUCGAUCAGACCGCUGCAACUACCAGAACCGCUGCCCCAAUGGUUCUGACGAGAAGAACUGCUUCUUCUGCCAGCCCGGAAACUUUCACUGCAAGAAUAACCGCUGUGUGUUUGAGUCGUGGGUGUGCGACGCUCAGGACGACUGUGGGGAUGGCAGCGAUGAGGAGAGCUGUCCAGUCAUCGUUCCCACCAGAGUCAUCACCGCCGCCGUCAUCGGCAGCCUCAUCUGUGGCCUCCUAUUGGUCAUCGCCCUCGGCUGCACCUGCAAACUCUAUUCACUGCGCAUGUUUGAACGCAGAUCAUUUGAGACCCAGCUGUCUCGUGUAGAGGCGGAGCUACUGAGGAGGGAAGCCCCGCCCUCUUAUGGUCAGCUGAUCGCCCAGGGACUGAUCCCACCUGUGGAGGAUUUCCCAGUGUGCUCUGGGAGUCAGGCCUCUGUCCUGGAAAACCUCCGUCUGGCUGUUCGCUCUCAGCUCGGCUUUACCUCCCUCAGACUUCCCUCCUCCGGUCGACAUGGCAACCUCUGGCGGCGUCUCUUCACAUUCUCGCGGUCCCGGCGGUCUGGCUCUCUGGCUCUGGUCUCUGCUGACCUGGAGGACAGCGCUGGCACUGGGAGCACUGGGAGUUCUGGUUCAGACCUGCUGUCUCCGGACUCAGAUGACACGGAUACGGAGGGCGAGCGAGGAAGAGAGCGAGGUGUGGGUGCAGUUGGCGGGCCUGUUGCCCCUCUACCCAACAAAACUCAGCCCUCCUCUGCUGUAGAGGCUGUGCUGUCUGUCACAUCAGCCGCCCCUGUGAUGCCGACGCUGGCCCGCGACAGAGCUCGCGAGAGACCCAGAGAGGGCCCCCCCCCCUCCAGCCCAGUCCAUAUGGUAACAUCCAGACCAGAUCCUGAAUGCCAGAGUGAGGUCUCACAGCUCCAGGCUCCUCCCACAUCAGCCCUACAGCGACUAGCCCAGAACCUGCACAGACUUGCCAGAAACCUGACCAGAACAAGCCCCUCCCAGCAGGACCAGACAUGGACCAAUCACAGUCCACUUCACCAGCUGGAGACAGGAAGAGGUGGGGUCGAUGCUGCUGAGCGAAGAGGAAGCAGAGAAGAAGAAGAGGAUGUUGAGCUCCUGAUACCUGUCUCUGACUCCUCCUCCUCCUCCUCCUCUUCCUCCUCAUUGGUGAGUGACAUCAGACAGCCGCUCCUGGAGCACCACCCACACCGCCAACACCAUGGAAAUGCUGGUCGGGGAGGGCGUGACGGCCCCUGUGAACACUGCAGGAUGGUCCACACGGCUCAGAUCCCUGACGCCUGUCUUGAGGCAACUGGCAAGACAGAGAGCAGCGACGACGAGUUGCUGCUACUCUGCUAGAGGGCUAACAUGCUCAGCUAACAUUCUAACUGAUAGUCUUACACUUACAGCAACUUACAACAUGCUGUCUACUCUGACCCUACACCUACAGCAGGCUUACAUGCUAAAUGACCCACUACUCUGACUCAAAAUGUUCAGCAAGUUAACAUGCUAACUGACAGACUAGCACUUACUACUCUGACCCAACAGGCUACCACUGCUAAAUGUAACCUUAACACACAUCUCAUACAUUAGUCAGCUAGACAACAUGCUAAUGUAUCACACUGGACUACAGCUAUCCAUAAAGCUAACUUGUUCUCUGGACUGUGACUCAGAUAAGCUAACAUUUGUUAGACACGUUAGCAUGUUAGCUGAAUCAAAUGUUAGCCCUCAAUAAUGUUUGAGAUAACGGACCAAUCAGAAACCAAAUGAAUGAUGUCACUGGUUGGGUCCUAAUGUUGGUAUGACUGUAAAAACUGCCUCCUGUUGUUUCCCUGGUCCGUCCGUAAAAACCAUUACCCAGGUGUACUUACUGCUUGGUACGACUUUGUCAACUCUGACCUCCUUCUUGUUGGUACGAGGGUAAACUGUGUCCUCACAGAACAGUGGGCGAUCUCUGUUACUGAGAACGUUAAAGUCGCAUCAUAGACGACACAUACCUGUUGGACUGGUGCUUCUGUUAAAAUGUCCCCCCAUCUCCUCAGUGCUGUUUGAUCUAUUUAUGAAGAUGAUGAAGGCCAUGUGAACAGUGGAGGGUAACCAGAGACCUCCGCUAGCAGGCAAAUGUAUCAAUAUCAUCGACUGUAAUCAGAGUCACACAGUCAGCCUGAGUCUCAGUGACUCAGUUCCAGUCAAGGUGAGUCAGUCUGAGUCAGUCUGAGUCUCAGAGUCAGUCUGAGUCUCAGUGAGUCAGUCUGAGUCUCAGAGUCAGUCUGAGUCUCAGUGAGUCAGUCUGAGUCUCAGAGAGUCAGUCUGAGUCUCAGAGUCAGUCUGAGUCUCAGUGAGUCAGUCUGAGUCUCAGUGAGUCAUUCUGAGUCUCAGGCUGGAGGUGUCUCAGUGUCUCCAGCCCUCUGCUGCAUCGUUCCUCUUCUCUCCUGACUGUUGGUGGAUAAACAACAACACAAACGUUUUUGUAAAAAGUUUAAUCAAUGAGGUCAUCACUCAGACUGAAAGGUAACACCAGCCAGACUGACAUGUCUGUGUCAUGUGACCCUCAUCAUACUGAGCAUGCUCCAAGCUCUCUGUGCGGCUCUAAAAGAUGACGUUCUGACAGAAGGAGGUGGUCUGAGGUUUACCUGUUCACAAACUGAGGUUCAACUUUUGAGCAAACGUAGACCUUCUCUUUAUUGACUCAUCUUUAGUGACUCCUCCUCAUCAUUGCCCCCUCCCCCUCUGUAUUGACCCCUUCUCCUCUUUAGUGACUCCUCCUCUUCAUUCACCCUUCCUCCUUAUAAUUUGCCCCUCCCCCUCUUUAUUGACUCCUCCUCAAACUGAAGCCAUCCACAGAUCCUGUCUGUAUUUAUGUUUUUUGGUACUCAGAUCUCAGCUGACCUAUUGUGAGUGUGACUGUGUAUAUUUAUUAUUAUUAUUGUUGUUAUUAUUAUUAUUAUUAUUAUUAAUAUGAUGGUUAUUCUUGUUGUUGUUGUUGUUUUGUUUUCUAACCUGCAUGAUUCCAGUGGUUUGCUGUUUUCUUUUGAGUCUGUAGUUAAACUGUUUCAAGAAAAAGA